AUGGCGUCGGGCGUCGCGGCGGUUCGCGCGGGCGCUGCAGCAGCAGCAGCAGCAGCAGCAGCGGGCGGUCGCAGCAGCAGCAGCAGCAGCAGCAUGCGGGCCUUCGCGUUAGGCUCGCCGUGCGUUUUCUCGUGGCGUUUGUCGCUGCCGCGUCUGGGCGCGGUGUCGCGAGCGUUCGCGCCGGGCCGCGCGCUGCUGCAGCAGCAGCAGCAGCAGCAGCAGCAGCAGCAGCAGCUGUGGGAGCGGGCGGGGAACUUCGCCUACCGCUGGCUGGACCUGACGGGCUUCCUGAGCAGGUGGAGCAGCAGGAAGCUGUGGCUGUUGGAGCUGGAGAGUUACGGGCGGCUGUGCGGGGGUUUGAUAACGGAGUACGAGCGGAAGCUGCUGCUGUUCGUGGGGCUGCAUGCGCAGCUCUUUUUUGCUGCUGCUGUGCUGCUGUGCUGCAGCAGCCACGCCCACGCUGCAGCAAAGCCCCCAGCCCCCUACUACGCGGACUGCUGCGGCCUCGAUGGCCGCAAAAAGGACUUCACCUGGCACGGCCGGCUGCUGCUGCUGCAGCCCAAAGAGCGCUGCAGCAGCUGCCGCUGGCUGGACUUGACUUGCAAGCGGCUUUGCUUCGAAGAGCUCAAGGCCCAGGGCCACAAACUCUGGCUCAACGGCGGCAGCCCGCUCUCCGUGCCCCGCGACAAGCUGCUGCCGCCCCACAGCAGCAGCAGCAGCAGCAGCAGCAGCAGCAGCAGCAGCGGGCACUGA